UCAGAACGAUAAAUAAAGACGAUAAAGUGAGGUUAGAAUUACGUUUGUUUUUAUAAAAACAUUAUCGGUGUUAAAAAAAUAACUUCAGAUUCUUACAUAUAAUGUUUUGUAUUAACUGUGUAUUUUCUGUUUAACGUAAUAACAUGGACAAUAAAUCUGAUUAAAAUGGGUUAGUUUAGAUUAAACUUGAAGCAUUGUGCUCAUAUUUUCGUCGGCCAUUUUGUGUUAGAAAUCAUAAAAGAAACAAAUAUUAAUACUGCGAGACUUUAAGGAUAGAAAAAUAGCAAAAUGGAUAAAGUAUUUUUUACUAAUAUAACCAGGACAUGUAUCAAACCAAAUGACGAUCUCUAUGAAUUAUUAAAAGUCGAUCCAGCAAAACCCGUCCCCAUCAACCCUGUUCAAAAUACUACAUGUGAUUUUCUGCCCACCAAUGGUAAACAAUAUGUAUCAACGAAAAAAAGUAAACUUAAAGUGAAAACUGUCAGAGAUAUAAGAAAUCUCUUUGAAAAAGAUAUAAUGAGUGAAUUGCCAUCAGAGUUAGAGAAACAACAAAAUCUGCUUUUAAGAAAAAUUAAAGGCGGUACUUCAGGAGAUGAAAAAACUAAAUCACUUGCCAAAAAUAUGUUAAUAUCCAACAAACCUUUGACAAAAUCAUCGUGGCAAAUGCUAAUGAAUAUUAAUCCUGAAGGUCAUACAAAUUCCAUGCAAUAUGUUCUUUGGAACGGUAAACCUAUAAGGAUAAACGGUAGUAAAGGUGGUAAAAACAAAUUCAUAUGCAACUAUGAUGUCGGGAAAAAAAGACAACCUUUCAAAACCAUUGCUGCUGCGAAAAAAAAAUUUUGUAAAAAAGGUUUACUACAGAACUCCUUGUCUGUUAAUUUCAAGCCUGGGCCACUUACACGGAAGAUGUAUCUUGAUAAGUCCUAUCAAAAAUAUCACGUUGGAAGUAUUGAUAUUGUAAAUUUGCCAAAACCUGGAUUAGAGAUACAACCACUGUACGGUAGUGCUCUGGAUCCAACCAUUUGUAACUUCGUGAACAGCUUACGCGAAGAAAACGGUACCAUCACAGAAAAAUGGGCAGAAUUUGCAGUUUCAGUGGUAGGGUCUCUUCAUGGAUCGAAUAUUCGUCAGAUAAAUGAAGAUAACUCUGUAACUUUUGACUUGAACUAUAAACACGAUCAAACAAGAUUACUUAUGAGACAAGAUGGAGAGAAUAAAAACGAAUUUCGAAGUCUUAAUGGUGGUACUGAUUUAGUUUAUAAGCAUGACCAUGAUUUUGAUAUUAUUCCAGAAGUACGUGUUAUUAUGAACAAAAUUAUAGAAACAGUGGAAAUCAGCCUUGUUCAAGACGAUUUAUUCAUGGAAGAUAACGAAAUAAGGGAUGAUAUUCAAAACGAUUCAAUGCACCACAAUAAUAAAGAUAAAUUGAAAAGAAAAUAUGGUGAGUUAGAUAGGCUUGCUGUGACUGUCAUAAGAUUAUCAGACGAUACACCAACAGAUGUCGAAGAAAAAUGUCAGAACUCAUUUUGUGCAUUGGGAUGCGUUUGUAGCUCAUUGAAAUCAACCGUCAAUUUAAAAGGUCAUUGUGGUCGCUUGGAUUGCAUGUUUAAAUGUAGAUGUGACUUCUCAAAACAUAAAUGGAUUGAAGGUUUGGACAAUGAUUGCCCAGAUUUACUACCCGGUUUGUUAAAUUUGAACAAUAAAAUAAAUUGUAACCUAUCGAAAGAGGAACAGAAGUUUCACCAAACGGUAAUAUUAACUGGUGACAAAAGCAUUGUGCUCAAAUCUAAAAAGAGAAAUACAAAAUCUUCAAAAAAGUAUGCUGAAUUUUAUAGCAGCUUAUCUUUAAAACCUGAGCCAAAGGCUAAGCAUGCAGUAUUAGCUAUUAUUGAGCCAAGGCUGAAUUGUGAUAAUAUUGAACCUCUGUGUAUGGUUCAUAACUUAUACAAAUGUUUUUGCAAAGGAAGGUUUACAGAAUGUUUAAUUCCUAGAGAAAAAGAGGUAUUGCCUAAUGUCACUGGGGUAAAGGAAAAAGAAGUAAUCACAUCGACUAGCGAUAUCACAAACUCUGAUUCAUGUGUUAUUAGUGAUGACCAAGAAAACACCCAAGACUCGAUUAGCUCGUAUCCUUUCAAGACCCGUACAAGAAGAGAAACUUUCAAGAAAGCUGGAGAGACAAUUGUAACUAUAGAGCUUGAUGACGAAGAUGAUUCCUGCUCCAGAGUUAAACCUUAUGAGGGAAGAAAGUUCAGUAACGGUUAUUACCAGAAUGCAAACAGUAAAAUUUUAGAUAUGGAGAUUAAUGACACCAAAUUACGCAAGAGGUUGGCGCAUCUGGCUGGGAUAACUCUUAAAGACACUACCAAAUCUAAUGUGAAUUCUGACUCUCAAACAAUAGCAUAUUCUGAAAAUGAGGUAAGUCGAGGAAAUAAUUACAAUCUCCGAAGAUCAAAAUCUCAACCAAAACCCAAUGCUAUUGUUGAAGAGACGGUAUCUAAAGGAACGCUUUCUAAAGAGACAACUUCGAAAGUGGUGAUCCCUAUGGAGAUGACCCCUAAGCAGGUGGCUUCUGAAGUGACGAUACCUAUAGAAAUGACCUCCAAGCAGGCUCCGAAAGAGAUGACUUCUCAAGAGACUGCAGCCUCAUCAUUAAAAAUGAUUGUCGAUCCUUUAACUAAGAAACGUUUAUUGAAUCAACCCAAAGUAGUUAAAUGGCUUGAAUCCAGUUAUAAACAAUUUAAACGGCGAUUAGAAUUGGGACCUUUUAAAGCUACAUUAGAACCGCCCAAAAAAGGAAAAGUAUCGCUUUAUCCCUGGGAAUUUAUAUUAAGCAGAUACAGUGAACGAAAAAACCUUUUCUUAGUUACGAACAAAGUCCCAUAUCGUAUAUUCAUGGCGGUUAAUGCAAAUAAUCCCUUUUUUGAGAAUUGUAUAAAUAUUGACGACAUACGAUUCGCAGACUUAUACAAAUAUCCUACAUCAGUAAAAAAUCUACUUACAAACGCACGUGAUUUAAAGGAAAACUUUUGUAUUUUAUUUGGAUUAAGUCAUUGUUGGGAAUUCGUGGGGUCAGUUACAAAACUUAGCAGUCCAAAAGAAAAUAAUUGUGAAGAUGAAGAAGAAAUGGAAAUGUCGUCGGCUCAGGAUACUGAUGAAAUUCCUAAUUAUGACAGUGACUCUUACUCUGAAUCGGUCACAUUAGAAGAUAUAGACAGAUUCUCACUAGCAUCUGAGGUUCGCUCUAAAACCACGGAACUAAAGUUUUCUGAAGAAAGCCCAGAACAAAAUAAAUCACAAUCUUCUAAAUGGUUCAUUAUGACAAUUGAAAACGAUUUCACGGAAAUACAGUUUUAUAAUCGGGGCUUUUUUGUAAAGUAUGCGAGCAUCAUUCAAGCAAUACAUGUGGCCCGAACCUCUGGAAAAACGGUUCGAUUGUCAUCUCAAAAGGUGGCAUAUACUAAUGGACCUCAAUUUGGGAUUUAUGCUGUUCCUAGUACAAGUAGUUACUAUGUUUUCGUAGGACCUUACGAACUUGAUGAACCCUUAGGAAUAGAAACUUUGAAACCUUCGCUCAUCAGAAAGGCUCCAAGAACAAGAGGUGUUUGGAUAACAACCAGCAAAGUUGAUAAUAUAAAGGUUAUUGAUAAUCCAUUGUCAUUUUUACCUGCUAAAACAGAUAUGGUACCGAUAGAGGAGGACUUAAAAAAUAACGAAACUCCAGAAAUAAAUGAAACUGUCAAUCAACUAGAUACAAUCACUAGGCGAAAUAGCCAAGAUGUUGCUGCAAACAGCAAAGCCAAAGACACUAUUAAAAUUGUGAAACCGAUCAAAAUAAGAAAAACAAAUGGGUUCUACCAUUUAACACAACAAUCUAUUCUAAAACCACUUAACUUGUUGCAAGCGAAUCAACACGCAUCAGAACCCAAUACUCCUACAACAAUAAUAAUGACACAACCCAAUCCAAACGAAAUAGCUGGGGCUCUGUGUGAUAUGCCAGUCAUAAUAGCGGGCUGUGAAACUCUUAACACUGAUGCAAAUACUACUUUCAUACCUAUUUCACGUGUGGCAAAUAUACAAGUACUAAAACAACCGAGACCAGUGGCAGAAGUAGCUCCACAAAUUAAAAUAGCUGCUGUAUAUUCUGAAGCGAAGACGCCGGAAAAACAAGUAGAAAUGAAAAAAAGGGAAGGUGGCAUGUUUAUCUUAAAGCCCGAAGAAAUCAAUCAACGAAUAGAAAAGAAACUAAAUUCAGCAGCAGAAUCGCUCGAACCUAUUUUAAUUGGUGAUGAUGAAAAUACAAUGGAUGUUGAAUAUUUCCUUGAUAAUGCGGAUGUUUGCCCUGCUCCAAGUAAUCUAGGAAAUAUCAAUUCACAGACGGACGCAGUAUUCAUAGAAUGUAAAAAUGUAGAACUGGGAGCAAUAUGCGGUUAUCUAGAUCGAAAUAACCGUGUAAGUUUUCAAUUCCCUCUUCUCAAACCUUCUGAAUUUUAUGAACCUGAGGUGGCUUUCACUAAAAUUAACCAAAUUAUUUCACGGAAGGUCUACAUACCCCCAUUUUUUACUUUGGAGUGGCACAUUGUUGACUCUUUUACCAAACUGAAAGUUCCAAAGGUAUUAACAGAGAAGGAUUUCAGAAACGUUUCCAUGAUAUCGGAGCGAGGGUUUGAAAAAAUACCAGAUGAGGCUGCACCAAAGUAUUCGAACAUCAAAACUUAUUCUAAAAAAGAUCGAUCUACCCAGGGUUUGCAAGAGACGGAGGCUAUUGGUGAACAGAAUAAUGAAAUUUUGCAAGAAUGCCAAACAGUAGAAGAUGGAUCUCAAGAGCUUUUGGAUGAAACUGCAGUAACAAAUGAUGCAGAACUACCAAUCGUCGGGACAACCGAUAACGACGCGGAAACAGAACUAAUUCUUCCGUAAUUAUCGGUCAUUCGUAUCUUGUAUAUCGAUUUUAAUGUAUAUAUUUAGGUACGCAAUUGUUGUAACGUUGUCUUCGUGUUGUAAAUGUGUACGAAGUAGGUACGUAAACUUGUAUUUAUGUACAUGGUGGAGCCCGGUGCACUAUGGGACAGAACUGUAUAAACCAUCUCAAAAAUCUGAAAGAAGAAAGGCGUGGUUUUCAUUGUGUCAUUUAGUUCCUCCAGCACCGUUUUCAGCGGAUGUACAAAGGUAGAAUAGUUUCUGGGAAUAAUU